AGAGAGUAAGAGCCGAAAAUCCCAUAAUACCCCGAGCGUCACGUGGCACAAUGAAAUGACAAAAAGAAACUGAUACGAGAAAUGCCACUCAUGGCUGGCAGAGGUAUUUAAAGAGGCGCAGCAGGUUAGCAGGACGUAGUCCAGUUGCGUCCCUUCACACGCAGACUUGCUCAGAAAAAUCGCCAUGCCUUUUAUCAACGACUUCUCUAGCUCACACGUGGACGCAGGGCACAUGAACGGCUCGGCGACCACCUCCCUUAACGGCACAGCAUCUCUCAUGAACAGCUCGAUGGCCUCUGUCACGAACGGCGCCGCGACCACCAACGGAACGAUCGCCGGCAUCGCCAGCAGGCCGAGUCACAUGCACGAGAGGGACGUCGAGGAGAUUAAGAAGCGGCUGCGGAACACGACGGUGGACAAGUCGAGGACUUCGGCAGACCACAAGCCUCCAGCGCGCGAGGACUUGAUCCCCGAGCUGGCCGCCAGCUACCGCUCCCUCCUGAAUGACCUCGGCGAGGACCCGACUCGCAAAGGACUCCUCAAGACGCCCGAGAGGGCAGCCAAAGCCAUGCUCUUCUUCACCAAAGGAUACGACCAGACUAUUCAGGACGUGAUGAACAACGCCGUGUUCGAGGAGGACACGGAGGACAUGGUCAUCGUGAAGGACAUCGAGAUGUUUUCCACGUGCGAGCACCACCUGGUUCCCUUCUGGGGCAAGGUGUCGGUCGGUUACCUGCCCAACAAGAAGGUCCUCGGCUUGUCCAAGGUCGCUAGAAUCGUCGAAGUCUUCAGCCGUAGAUUGCAAGUCCAAGAGAGGCUGACCAAGCAGAUUGCGGAAGCCAUCGUGGAGGCCGUUCAGCCCGCCGGCGUCGCUGUCGUGGUGGAAGGAACCCACAUGUGCAUGGUGAUGCGCGGCGUUCAGAAGAUCAACGCCACGACGACCACGUCUUCAAUGCUCGGAGAAUUCAGGACCAAUCCGAAGACACGAGAAGAGUUUCUGUCUCUGCUGAAGUAACUUGGCUUUUGUAUGUGACCUUGCUUCGACAGAACUUCCGAGGCGACAUCAGGCCUACGAAAAAUGCUGUAGAAUAUGUGUAUAUGUUUUUGUUUUUUUUCUGAAGAGAUCUCUUGAAACUAGGUCUGUUAUUUUCGCUCAUGUCUGCUGCCUAAGAGGUUGGUUUAGUUGUUGUAAAUGUUGUCAUGGUAAUAUUACGCCAAUCUCUUUAUCCCCUUUCCUCUUCUUUUACUUCUACUGUCAUCAAGCCACUUUCUUAACUAUCAUUCGUUGUCUCAGCAUGAGAUAUAUUUAUUUGCUGCUGACGUUUCAUUACGUUACUCUCUGUAAAAGCAGCACAAAGUCAUUUCUUUUUUUUUGCAUGUAUUUAAUCACCCAAUAAUCUUUAUUUCCAUUUCAUGUGGCAUACACUAUAUCAUAACAAAAUGCAGCAGAAAAUACACCAGGAAUGAAUCUUACACACAUAUAUGAUCCGCAGUUUCAUUUUACUCUCUGUAAAAGCAGCACAAAGUCAUUUUUUUUUUUUUUUUUUUUGCAUGUUCAUUUCGUAUGUUUGUGCGAUAAUGUUAUGUUUUGAGUCUUUUUGUUUUAUUUCUGCAAUAAUUUGAUGUUUUCUGUCCAUUCCUUUUUAUAACAAAAAAAGGUUUCGAAUGUA